AUGGUCCAGCCAGAACCGCAGCAGGCGCAGCUUUGGAAGGACUACUUCAUUGCGGUUCUAGCGGGCGCCAUUAAGAUCUGGAUAUCGAUCGCUUGUGCCGCCUUUGCUUCACUCGCCGGAAUUAUUAUCGUCUCAACGAAUAUAAUCCAACGUGUGCGUAUAGCCUCAUCGGUCAUCAUUCCUGUCGAAAGUCUCUGUAUGUGUGCAAUGGCCGCAGCCCUCGGCGUGUCUCUCAGCUUCAACAUGAGUCUCGAGACUUUCAGCAAAACACGCCUCGACACCGCUACCUCCCCAGAUCUCACAAACUUCGCGAUGCUGGUUGACCUCAGCCGAGGUUACACUAUCGCAGCCGGCGCAGGAUGGUUCCUCUUCUUGGUCACAUUCAUUACGGCGACGAUUGACGCAUGUCGUCGCGCUCGAGAGAAGGAGAGCUGCUCAUUUGAACCCACAGCAUCUGCACUCGGCAUGGGGCACGGGUAUGCCGCUGUCGUACCACCUCCUUCACGUAGUCGCGUUCCAACUAUGUACGACCCGCGUAUACCAUCGACUUUGUUUGAGCAAAAUGCUCAUGGGCGAGCCUCACGCGUCAAAUUAGCGCGAAACGCAUGCCGUGCGUCAUCGCCAGGAGCAGCGCGGCGCGUCAAACCGCAACCAUUCACUUUCCACAUCCCAAUCUGCACGUCCCAAAACAAGAUGGCCGGCUUCAAGCGUGGUGGUGCCCGAGGGGGCAAUGCAUUCAAGAAAACUUUCCCAAAGAAACGUUCCUCACCUGACGCUGAUGACGAUAACGCGGCGCGCGCGAGCAAGAAGACCAAGGCCGGAGACGACAACGAUGACGACUCUGUACCAGUGGUACCCGAGCUCAAGACAGACGAUAAUGGCGAUGCAUAUGUCAGCCUAAAUACCAGUGAAAAACGACGCGUGACUGUAAGCGACUUCAACAAGAGCACACUAGUUAGUAUACGAGAGUACUAUGUUACCGAUUCUGGAGAGACGAAGCCGGGCAAGAAGGGCAUCUCACUUACAAUUGAUCAAUACAACGCUUUGCUCGCUUCAGCACCUCUUAUCGAAUCUGCGCUUGCGAAGAAGGAUAUACAAGUCGUAAGACCGGAUUAUGGGGCUGAUCUGGGUGCCAAGAUUAGGGAGCAUGAAAAGGUAGAGGAAGAAAAGGAAGAAGGAGACGAUGAGAAGAAUGCGAAGAAAGAAGAAGACGAGGAUGAUGACGAUGAGGAGUAA